CCACCUCUAAUUUGGAACAAAGAUCGCCUGGCAAUGAGUUCAUCCGCAACAGGCACUGCAUCGGCGUUCUCCAGCUCGGACACCGCGGCCCUGGAGAGGAACACGGAGACGGAGCAAGCAGUGACCUUCGAUCAAAUUUGGAACGAAAAUCACAGGAAAGUAAGCGGCGAUUGGAUUCGCCAGAAUGGUUACAAAAGAGUGUGCCUGCAAUUCCCGGAUGACUAUCUGCCUCACAGCAAUGCCAUCAGUGUGGCCUUAACCGAGCUACUGGCAUCGGAGGACGUGAAGGUCUUCAUCCUGGCGGAUACCACCUACGGCAGUUGUUGUGUGGAUGAGAUAGCAGCUGCCCAUGUUGAGGCGGAUAGUGUGAUUCAUUUUGGAAAUGCCUGCCGCAGCAGGGCCACCCGCUUGCCCGUGCUUUACCUUUAUCCGGAGAUGCCCUUGGAAGUGAGUGCUCUUCUCGAAAAACUGCAGACUCUGCGUCUAGAGUCUAAGGAGAGAGAGGUGUGCGUCUAUUUGGACAUUGGCUAUCAGAAUCUGGAAGGGGAAGAGCUGAGAAAGCAACUUGAAGAGGCCCUGCAACCGAAGAAUCUUUUGCUGGAGCUAUUUCCCCCUAUUGGGGGAGAGUCCUCCACUAAUGCUACCAAUCUGGAGCGCAUAUGCAUUUUCAUCGGUGCUGAUAACCAGCGCUUCGCUAACCUAUCUCUGACUGCUCCUGCUGCCGUCCAGUGGUAUGUGUACGACGGCGCCGCCGCCACCCUCAGCUCGAAGAAUCCCCUUACGGCUCAGUACAUCCGUCGUCGCUACUUCCACAUCGAAAAGUGCAAGGAUGCACAGACGCUGGGACUAAUUGUGGCCACUUUGACGGCGGAGGGCUACCUGGAUGUGGUGGCACGGCUUCAGACCAUGGCAAAGGGCAGAGGCAUUAAGACGCAGCUGAUUUCCGUAGGAAGGAUCAAUCCGGCCAAACUGGCCAACUUCCUGGAGAUCGAUUGCUUCGUCUUGAUUGGCUGCCCCUUUAACAACAUGUACGACUCCAAGGAAUACUACAAGCCCAUUGUUUCCGUAUUCGAAGCAGAGAUGGCUCUGAAUCCCGCCUGGCACAUGAGGUAUCCCGAAGCCUAUGUCACGGACUUCAAGCAGUUGCUACCGGAGGGACGUAGCUUUCUGGCCUUUGAUGUGGAAGCCAUUCCCGAGAACGAUGUUAGCUUGGUUAGCGGGAAACUGAGGGGAGCAGUCAACGAAUCACUGGAAACCGCAGGAGAUCCUGCAUCCCUAGCCUUGGCCACUCAGGCCAAAAUGGCGCUAAUGACCACGGACACGGGACUCUCAUUCGAGGACCGUACCUGGCAGGGAUUAGACCCGGCUUUGGGACAGACGGAGCCCGCCCAGCUGCAGCAGGGUCUCUCCGGCAUCCCCAUCAAGUACACACAUCAAUAAACUACCAGCACUA